AUGGCUUUCGAACCUACCGCCGAGAGACUCCUGCCGGCGUCCAACUACCCGGAGUCUCGAGUCCUCAUUAUCAUGACGGGCGGAACCAUCUGCAUGCAGCCUACCGCCGAUGGACUCCAGCCCAUUGGAGGUUUCUUGAAGGAUGCCAUGGCUCCGCGGCCCUCAUUCAACGACAAGUCCUCCCCUCCUGUCCAACUUGAGGCCGUCAAAGAUGGGAAAAGAAUCAUGAUCGACAGUUUGAGAACACCACCGAGUGCUUACUCCCGUCACAUUCGCUACGGUGUGCUGGAAUUCAACCCUCUGCUGGACUCUAGCUCCAUCUCAGCGGAAGGCUGGACGGAAAUUGCCCAGACCAUCAGGGAAAACUACCGCCUUUUUGACGGAUUCGUCGUCUUGCACGGAACCGACUCUCUUUCGUACACGGCAUCGGCUCUGUCAUUCAUGCUCUCUGAUCUGGGAAAGCCGGUCAUCCUCACCGGUUCCCAGGCCUCCAUUUUUGCUCUCCAGUCCGACGCCGUCGACAAUCUCCUCGGUUCGCUCAUCAUCGCAGGAACCUUUGUCAUCCCCGAAGUCGGUCUUUUCUUCCAUCACAAGCUGUUCCGCGGCAACAGAACCAGCAAGGUCUCAUCUGCCGCUUUCGAGGCCUUUGCUAGCCCCAACUGCGAGCCACUGGCCAAGGUGAACGGACUUGGUAUUGACGUGAACUGGCCCAUUGUGUUGAGGCCCACAAGAAUCGCCGAGCUCCAGGUCACGAAGCACCUCGACACAGCUCACGUUGCCUGUCUUCGAGUGUUCCCUGGCAUCAGGCCAGAGAUGCUCGACUCGGUCCUGCGUGUCCCCGAUCUACGUGGCCUCAUCCUCGAGACUUUCGGAAUGGGUAACGCCCCCAGUGGUAUCGACGGCAGCUUGACCAAGGUCAUCAAGGCCGCCGUGGACCGCGGUGUCAUCGUCGUCAACGUCAGUCAGUGCAUGAGCGGCUUUGUCUCUCCCGUCUACGGUCCUGGAACCGAACUCGGCCGCGCCGGCGUCAUCUUCGGUCUCGAUCUCACAGCAGAGGCCGCCCUCACCAAGCUGUCCUACCUUCUCGCCAUCCCCAGCCUUUCCACCGCCCAGGUCAGCGCGAGAAUGUCUCAGUCUCUGCGUGGCGAGAUGACGGAAAUGGCUCUUCCGGUAUUUUCGCAUCCAUCUGGCUCACUCGACUCGGUCGUAGCGCGACUAACCGCGUCAGAAUCGGCAUUUACCGUCCUCGGUUACGCCAUACGAAAUGGCGAUGUCCGGACGGUGAAGGAGAUCCUAGACAACGACGCCCAGCACGAGCUCCUCAAGGCCGCUGACUACGCGGGCAACACGACUGUCCACCUGGCCGCCGUCGGGCCCAACAUUGACAUCCUGCGCGAAGUGCUGACGAGGGGCGCCAGCGUGCACUCGAGGAAUCUGGCCAACAACACGCCGCUCUACCUCGCCGAAAAGAUGGGCAAGGAGAAGUGCGUGCAGUUGCUCAAGGAGACGGGUGCGCAUUUGUGGUCGGAAGAGGAGGCUAUCUUGGAUUCUGUUCACGCAUCUGCAUCUGGAGGAGUUCAAAAGUAG